UUUGGGUAUUGUGAUCCAUCAUCAAGCAUAACAGAAGGAAGAAGAGAGAAUCGAAAAGACGAGAAGAGGGUAGAGAGUGAGGUCUAGGUUCGUUUCACAGGUGCAGAUCCAUGGCGGCGAGUAGGAACACUUUACCGUUGAUCAAAUACCUGAGAGUGCGUGUCGACGCUCUUCCCCGCAACUCUCCGUUAACCCUCGCUCCCACCGUCUUCCUCCGCCGUUUCUGCGAAGAGGUUCGUGGCAGUUUUCUCGACAAGUCCGAGGUUGCAGAUCGCGUCAUCUCCUGCGUCAAAAACUUCCAGAAAGUCGAUCCCGCCAAGGUUACCCCGAAUGCUCACUUCCAGAAUGACCUUGGAUUGGAUAGUUUGGAUGCAGUAGAGAUUGUGAUGGCUCUUGAGGAAGAGUUUGGGUUUGAGAUUCCUGAUAAUGAGGCUGACAAGAUCAACUCUAUUAAACAUGCUGUGGACUUCAUUGCAUCCCAUCCUCAGGCAAAGUAGAGUGUAUACUUCAUUUUGUUUUGUUUCCCAUUAUCUAGUUUAGGUGCAUCAGACAUUUUUGCUGCUACCAAAGUGAUCUUUAUUUUCUCAUCCUAGGAAGAGUGUUGUUUGCUGGGAAUGUGCCAGCUCCCUUUGGUCGUAUUGGCAUAACCGAACUUCACAUUUUGUGUUACUCCGUUAUUCAUGUCAAUAAGAAUUGUGUUCAAUUUCUGAUAA